UUGCUUCCUUAAAUCAGACCUAAGGGAGCAUCAUGACAGAUACUCCUGUGACACUGAGUGGCUUGGAGUGCAAUGGGGACAGACCACCUGAGAAUGGCCAGCAGCCUAGCAGUCAAACCAGGAAGACAGCUGAUGCAGAUGAGACCCAGACAUACUACGGGGUUGAACCCAGUCUUCAAGAUUUACCUGCAAAAGAAAAUCAAGAAGAAAGUGGAAACACUAAAGGGAACGUACUACCCAGAGGGUCGGAAGAUGAGAAGAUUGAAAACACAGAAGAGAACCUCUUCGUUGUUCACCAGGCCAUCCAAGAUCUUUCUCUCCAAGAAACAAGUGUAGAAGACACGGUUUUCCAAGAAGGGCAUCCGUGGAAGAAGAUUCCUCUGAACAGCCAUAACCUGGACAUGAGUAUACAGAAGGAAAGAAUUGUCCAACAUCUAGAGCAGAGAGAAGAUGAGAGUGCAGCCCACCAGGCAACUGAAAUUGAAUGGCUGGGGUUCCAGAAAUCUAGUCAAGUUGACAUAUUGCAUUCUAAAUGCGAUGAGGAAGAAGAAGUUUGGAAUGAAGAAAUAAAUGAGGAAGAUGUCGAUGAGUGUGCUGAGGACGAGGGUGAAGAUGAAGUUCGAGUAAUAGAAUUUAAGAGAAAAUACAGAGAAGGUUCUCCACUAAAAGAGGAAAGCCUUGCAAGGGAGGACUCCCCCCUAAGCAGCCCUAGUUCCCAGCCUGGGACCCCCGAUGAGCAGCUGGUGUUAGGAAAGAAGGGAGAUAUCGCCAGGAAUUCUUAUUCCAGAUACAACACAAUAUCCUAUCGGAAAAUCAGGAAAGGUAACACCAAACAGAGAAUUGAUGAGUUUGAGUCAAUGAUGCACUUAUAAACUAACUGGGACUGAGAAAUGUCAGGAGCGUUAAAGAGAAGCUAACUUCUAACUUCCUUCCACUGAGAUAUCUUCCAUUGCCUUAUUUGCAAGAUGUGCAAGCUUAGUAUCUUUUUCACCAUAAAGCAAUGUGGAAAUAACCAUAGACAAAACGCAUUCUGGUAACUUCAAACCGACAAGCUUUAAAUUCAUUCCUGGGUUUUUGCUUUAAAAAACGCAUAACUAAUAUAGCAUCAGGUAAGCAUUGUCCCAGAGCCUAGCCUGGUAGAAUUUGUCUUUAAAAACAGUAAUAGUAAGAGAGGCAGUCAAGGGAACGAGGAUAGUAGACGUGAUUCUCAUAAUUCUUUUGGUGUCUUUCUUUCUUCAGGCCAAUGAGAAGCCUAACAUUAAACCCCACCUCCAUUAAACAUGGUUUUAUAAAUCCUAUUUUUUUUUUGCUUUUCUAUUUAUUAUAAAAAGUAUUGUAUCUUAAGUAGGUUUCCUUGGCAUCUACUGAGUAAAAAUUCAGCAGAUCUCCUUUCUAGGUGCAACUGUUCAGUGAAUUUCCUCACUAAAAGGCUAAGCAAUUGUCAGUCAGAAUUCUGUUUGCUGAGUGCUGGUCCCAGCUUUGUGCUUGCAACAUGAAUUAAACCCAUUGCGAAGUUGAUCCAGAGAGAGCCUAGAUGACUGGUGAGUCACAGAUUAGAGAUUUCUAUUGGAUGGUUUUAUUUUGUUACUGAAAACAAAGUCUUGUCUAGCACAAUGAAAUCAUUAAAAAUAAAAAUGGCAAUUUUAGCACAACUUUAA